AUGAAAUACAUACUUACUAUCCUUUUAUCACUCAUCUUAACAGCCAAAUGUGCACAUUCUGCAGAGAUUUACUUGAGGCGUGGUUUUGAUAACAGCACUUUAUGGCGUACUGUGGAGAGAUGUAUCUCCCUGAAUUUCGAUGGCAAAGUCAUUGUCGACAGAGCAUCAAAAACGCAUCAUGAUAGACUCAUUGUAUGGGGAGAUUGUGGUAAUAAUGUUGACUAUGAUUUUGACCAAUCUACUUCAGACGCAAUAUUGCAAUGCAUUUACUCCUCAUUCCCAAAUGCCACCAUAGAUAUAAGAUCUCACAAUGGGUUUGCAGUAGGCGGAUCACGGUACACUGAUCAUGACGUCGAAGACUUCUACAACUACUUCGGUCGUGGCUAUCCUAUAGAUUACGAUCCCGACUAUUCUAGUGAAGGGUGUGAGGAUUCAGGCAAUAGUCAGAAUUCACAAGCAGGUGAUCACAACGAGACUGUGCUACAGGACGAAUUAUUCGGUAUCUCUAAUAAUCAAGGUUAUCCUGAUUCGAGAGGCAAGCCUAAACAAUACCGUAACAAACUUACAGUAGCUUGCAAAAUAGAUAUGAUGACUUGGCCUCACCACCAAUGUCGUUCUCGAUCACCUGAUGGAUCAAAACUAGAAAAAGGCAGAAAAGUUAAGGCUGAGACUAAUGACGUGACAGACGUAGAGGACAGAACGGGCUCAUUCUGGAUACAAUGCAGACCGCAAGACGGCUGGCCUAACCCUGACAAAGGUAGCAAAGUUUUGUGGCAGGUUACAUGGCUUAAUUAG